AUGUCCGGCAUUAGCAAGGCUUGCUGCUCUAUCCCCCCCAUUGUUGCCCAAGGCUACCAGGGCAAAGGUGAAUACAAAACAAUCAAUAGAAUGAAGACAUACGUUACUGGUCCCGAAUCUGCCUCCAAGGCCAUCUUCAUCGUCUACGACAUCUUCGGCUUCUUCCCUCAGACAAUUCAAGGUGCCGAUAUCCUCGCUACCUCGAGCGAGCAGAAAUACCGUGUCUUCAUGCCCGAUUUCUUCGAGGGCCAACCCGCAGACAUCAGCUGGUUCCCUCCUCACACCGAAGAACACAAGCAGAAGCUGGGCAACUUCUUCCAAACCAAGGCUGCUGCUCCAGCAAACCUGCCUAAGAUUCCACCUUUCGUCUGGGAAGCGAACAAGCUCGCUCCCAACGGCAAGGCCUUCGAGUCCUGGUCUAUCCUCGGAUACUGCUGGGGUGGAAAGAUCGCAUGCUUGUCCUCUGCUGAGGAAACUAAGUUCAAGGCCGCGGUGCAGUGCCAUCCCGCCAUGCUUGAUCCCAAUGACGCUAAGAAUGUCACUAUUCCCAUGGCCAUGUUAGCUUCCAAGGACGAGAAACCCAAGGACGUCGAGGCUUUCGGUGCCAACCUUAAGGUUGACCAUUAUGUGGAGACUUUCCCUACCCAGAUCCACGGCUGGAUGGCGGCUCGGUCGAACCUUGAGGAUGAAGAAGUCCGCAAGGAGUACGAGAGAGGUUACAAGACUGUUUUGAGCUUCCUUCAGAAGCAUGCUUAA